CCCUCACAGAAAGGAGUCUUUUAACCAAAUGGAAGAAGCAUUUAGGAGACUAAAUGGCAUCACUCAUGUGCCUGAGCCUGACCAACGGGAUUUCAUCACCGACAAUAUUAAGAAUUGCCCCCCCUUAACCACAAUCACCACCGCCGUUACCGCCACGACAGCCACCGUCACAACAGCAACAAACAAAAGGUUAAUCAAAGAAAAUGGUGGCCCUGGUGGGACCAUUAGGUACCGUGGGGUCCGCCGCAGGCCAUGGGGUCGUUACGCUGCUGAGAUACGAGACCCACAGUCUAAGGAGAGGCGGUGGCUUGGCACUUUCGACACGGCCGAGGAGGCUGCUUGCGCCUAUGACUGUGCAGCUCGAGCUAUGCGUGGCAUCAAGGCUCGAACCAAUUUUGUUUACCCUGCGACUGAGUCUCACUCCACCAAUGACCAUUUUCUCCCUCCGUUCAACUUCUCUAAUCCAGCACAGCCAUCCGUAAGGGAUCUUAACAGCACUCGUCAUCAGUUUGGGCACUCUUCAAGUCGGCCAUCCUUUGCUAAAUCCCACGUGGGGAACUUCUCUGGUGGGUCUGUGCCUCAAAGAAAUGCUUCUCUGAACAUGCUUUUAUUACGUGACAUCUUGAAUUCGUCUUCAAAUUCAUCUCUCCAGGCGCCUCCUCAGUCUCUGGUUGAUCAGUUUCCAUUCAUCAAUGGAACAUCUUCUGCUUCUUCUUCUUCAUUAUCUUGUACUUUCUCAACUCCAAGCGUUUUGCCUCGUGGUACUUGGUUGAAUUCCUCAACCAACGCUAUACGGACAAACGACAACAUCACUGGUUCUUUCUUUGGCUCUACUAUGACCCUUCCUCUCAAGGAAAACAAUUCAAGUCAUACCACAGGCGUGGCUGCCAUGUCAAAUUGUCAAGCUGAUGAUAUGGAAUUCUUUCCGCAGGAGCCUUCUGAUUCUGGCUUGUUGCAGGACAUAAUUCAAGGGUUCUUGCCAAAACCCAUCUCAAAGAAAUCAGAUGAUUGUAGUAGAAUCCCAAACUGCUCUCAAGAUUCCAUCCUUUCUCCUGUAACUGAAAUGUCAUUCGGUCAGUCCCUGAAUGGGUUGAAGGAGAAUAAAAACGAGCAUGUAGGUUUUUAUAUUGAUUAUCAUCAGGGUGUUCCUCAGCAGUUUGAGAGUUUCAAUGGGAUUACAGGUUCUCAAGUGGUGCCAUACGCUAAUGAGAUACCAGUGAACCAUCUACAGCUGGGUCAAGACUGCAUGUUGGAUGAUAUCUUUCAGUACCCAGAUUUCAUGGAUGCCUCAGCAGCUAGCGUUCAAAAUGCUUAA